AUGUCUACUUUCUCGCGGUCAUUCCUUUUCCCUACUAUGACAUCUAAUGUUUCUGCUGGUUCAGAAGCUCAGAGCAAGCGGAAAAGAUCCUUCGACGACCUUAUCCUUCCUUCACUAAAUUUUGACACCAAGACGUUAGCUUAUCAAGAAAGCCCAUAUUUUUUCCAACACUCGGUAGCACCACAGUUCGACAGAAGAGCUAGCACGGCGCCAGCGUCUCCUAUGGGUUUCACGACCAUAACUCCCAACUCUUCACCAAUCUUGGCAAAAGCACCACUCGCCAAUGGCAAAGUUCCAACCCUCCCUCCAAUCACUUCCUUUAGCAACCACGCGUCAAGCUCCCAAACUCAGCAAUAUGCCUCUGUACCUCAUUCCUCUGCGACGAAUUCAUCCUCUUCUUCUGGCUUCAUUUCAACUGCCUUGAAUUUGGCCGCUAAUAACACUACGCGGGAUCAUUCUGACGAUGAAAGUAGCGACUCGGCCAGAAAUCGCACUGAAGAUCAGCACUGCCGCUCAUUACCUAUGCUUAAGAAUUUACAAUUACUUCCUAAUCCAAACAUUCAAGAAUAUGCUUACUGUUAUCCGGAUACUUCUGAACGUACCCCAUUAUGGAGGGAAAAUCUGGUUCGCUGGUGCAAAAACGAAAACUACAACGAAUACUUGCGAAUCUCGCGUGAAGUGAAAAACAUUCCACGCGUAUCUCUUCCAUUUUCUGGGUUGAAUAUUCUUGCUAAUGUUGCAACGGUGACGCCUGUAGUCCCUUCUAUUCUUAAUCCAAAAGAUCAGUUUUACGAGCUGUCCAACGCUCCAAACAAUGGGGUAGUGACACCCCCAAUGAGUCCAGGCGAAUCGGCAGCAUCUACUCAACUUACACCACAAUUCACACCUUUUGUUAGCGAAAAACUUGUUCAAACAAUCAAAAGGAAGAGGGCUAGUUCUCAUAAGAAAACAAAUAGUUUCAAGGCCAGGGAAAUGAAGAAAUUGCUGGACAAUCGUGAUGUGCUAUGCAUGAAUUCUAAAGGUAAAGUCAACAAACCUACGAAGAGAAGAAGCAGUAUAGCGCAAACACCCCAGCAAUUUGUUAUGAAGAUUUCAACCUUCAGUCCAGGCAAUACCACACCACGUUCUCCUUCGCCUGUACGCACAACAUCACCAUCGAGAUCCCACACAUUUAUAGUCAAUGAACCCAGGACCCCUAUAACGAAAUCGAACAUAGCAGCAGGAAGUCCUGGAAGCGGUGAAUUCAUCAGGCAGGACAACACAGCUAAGAAAGUUACAUCACCUAGACGUAGCAGUGCGAGAACUUGCAUUUCUUGUCAUUCCAGUGACUCCCCAUGUUGGAGACCAUCAUGGACGGACAAAAAGCAGGAUCAGCUGUGUAACUCAUGUGGUCUUCGCUACAAGAAAACGCACACUAGAUGCUUAAAUGACUCAUGCCGCAAGAUCCCAUCGAAGGGCGAAUUAGCUAUGAUGAAAGCAAAUGGAGUGAUAAGGCAAACUUUAGAUGACGGCACUAUUAUCGAAGGGUUGGGUUGCCUUUUUUGCAAUAGCAUUGUGGAAACAAGGGAUUAA